UUGACAGUGGUGAAUUUUUUCAAUUUAUUUCACGACAAUCCCAAAAACGCAUUUCACGGCCUCACAAACAAUUACUUCAUCAAUUAUUAUUUUGUUUAUGUUCAAAAGCAAUAAUUAGGUGCUACAAUCGAACUCAGCAAUAACACUGUGCCAAAAACUGAACGUUCAAUCCGUCCGUCGUGUUCGCUCUUUGUAAUGGAAAACCUUGAGCAGAGCAACAAUAAAAACGUGUCUUUAAGUUUAAUAGCCGAAUACAGCUCAGAAUCCGAUUCGGAGGACAAAUCCAACGAGAACCCCGCCAACGAUGACUCCGACACGGUGGAGCUCAGCGAGAUGGUGCUCAAGAACAACAUAAUAAACGCAUGUGCUCACGGGCCCCUAUCGAGCACGAGCAACGAGGAGGUCACGAGGCACAUGAUCAUCGACAGCUGCGAGAACGACGUCCUGGAGUACGACGUGACGGAGUACCGGGACGCCGACACCAGCUCCGAGUCCGACACGGACGAGGCCAGCGACAGCGACGAAGACUCCAUAAAGGAUAUCGAAGAGCUCACGAGCGGGGAUGAAGUAGAAGGUGGAAAAGCUGAUAAGAGCAUACCAAAGGUAAAAGGGGAACUCGGUUUGGAUGACCUGCCUCCGAUUGAGGAUUUGGCAAUAAGUCUACCCGCACAAGAAACUACAAAAAUUGGAACAGUUGCAAGUGUUGUAGAUAGAUUGGUUGUGGUGCGAGCAUUCCCAGAAACACCUGCAGUGGAUCUAGACACUGUUUUGUUUCUGGACAAUGGUGCAAAGGCUCUAGGCAAGGUCUUCGAUGUGUUUGGUCCGGUGACAGAGCCCCACUACUGCGUGCGUUUCAACUCGGAGGAGCACGUGAAGGAGCGCGGCGUGUCGGCCGGCAUGGACGUGUACAUCGCGCCGCGUAGCUCAGACCACACCAACUACGUGUUCCUCACUGAGCUCAUGAAAACAAAAGGAUCUGACGCAUCGUGGCUGCACGACAUCGAGCCGCCUCCGAACCAAGUGGAGUUCUCCGACGACGAAGAGGAGAGGAGGGCCAACAGGGCGAGGAAGGAACAGAGGCAGAGGCAGGACGGAGACAGCGGGGAGACCUCCAAGAACCAACCGAGAAAGAUCCUCGAAGCGAAACGAAACCGGCCCACGCAAUCCAGUAGCCGCUUCGGGCCGAACAGAGGCCGAAUGCCCGUCGGCUUCAGGCGGAACCCGGGCUUCCGGCCCCAGAGACCCUGGGACGAUCAAAUGAGGACCCCCCCUCCCCAUCCCGACAUGGGGCCUAUGCCGCCGUUCCAAGCGUUCCCGCCCUUCGGCCCGCCGCACAUGAACCGAUUCAACUUCGGAAGGCCCAUGCGGCCCAACUGGCCCCAGCACUUCCGCCAAAAUGCCCCCGUGUUCGGGGCCAGCUUCUGCAACAUGCCGGGGCCUCAGCCGCAGUGGACUAACGACCCCCCGCCGCCCGGGACGUAGACUAACAUACAGCCUACGCGAGCAAAGUGAUAUAUUAAGUAGUAAAUAGUACUUAUAACAUACUUUUAUUUUACUAGAUGGAUUUGUGUUCUGUGACUUUAUUUACUAGUAUCCAGAGAUGGCGUUGAAAUAUAUUUGAGGCUUUUCAGAAAAGUUUGAUUUGAAUCUUUCUGACGGUCUCGACUGUGAUAUUAAGUGCUGCUAGUGAGUCGCUACCAUUUAAACUACUACGUACGUAGUUAUUAUAUUAUACUACUAUAAAAAUUGUUGGCAAUCAUCUAAUUAUAUCCAUUCAGAUUAUGUAUCGCUCCAUAUAUCAAAAUACCAGAGACAUAUUUUUGUAGAAAAUAGCAAUAAUUAAAUGCACAAUGAUGCAAAGUAUAAAAUAAACACAUAAUAAAAGCAAGUUACGAUGUUUGGUAGUGUCCAAUAAUGUUAUCUGAACACCGCAUUUGUACAAAAUAAAAACUUUACAAA